CGUUUGAAAGUUUCAACUGCAUGACACACCUACAGCGCGAGCCCUCUUGCUAAGCCACGCCCACGUGUCAUCAGCGGCGUCACGCGCAGGCCGGAAGCAUUUGCAGCCUGUGAGGAGCAGGUGUCCGGUCCUUUCCGGUGACCCAGACCUGGCCGAAACGUCUCACUAAGCCGGCUGGAGGUACUGGGUCAUUGCAGGCCUGGUUAUGAACUCGUGCCGAGUCUUUAUGUGCGCUUCUUGCGCCGCUGGUGCCAGGAGGCUGGCACCUCGGGCGGUAACGCACUCUGCGUCCCUCCGCUUGGUCUCCUCCCUACCGUCCGGGCCGGGCAGCUCUGGAGGAUUCAGGCCCAAGAGGGUGGCGGUAGUGACCAAGACCACAAGGUACGAGUUCGAGCUGCAGCGGUACCGGUACGCGGGGCUGUCAGAGGACGAGCUCAAGGAGCUGCUUGCGUUAAAGGGUUCCAGCUACAACGGUCUGCUACAUCGACACAGUAUCCACUCGGAAAAUGUUGAGCGUAUUGUGAAGGGUCUGCAGAAUGAAGGGAUUGAUGUGCGACUUGUGAAAAGGAGAGAUUAUGACGAGGAGACGGUGCGAUGGGCGGAUGCCGUGGUGUCGGCAGGAGGUGACGGGACGAUGCUUCUGGCUGCAAGUAAAGUGCUGGACAGGUUCAAGCCAGUGAUUGGAGUUAACACUGAUCCAGAGAGGUCUGAAGGACACCUUUGCCUGCCUGUGCGGUACACACACUCUUUCUCAGAAGCUCUGCAGAAACUAUAUCGUGGUGAGUUCAGGUGGCAAUGGCGGCAGAGGAUUAGGCUCUACCUCGAAGGGACUGGUAUCAACUUGACGCCGGUGGAUUUGCACGACCAGCAGCUGAGUUUGGAGCAGCACAGCAAGGCGCGCAACAGCAGCAGCCUGCAAGAACAAACUUCUGCAACGGUUUCUGGGCCGCAGCUUUUGCCAGUCAGAGCCCUGAAUGAAGUUUUUAUUGGGGAAUCAUUAUCCUCGAGGGUGAACUAUAAAUCCUGCAAACCACGUUUUACCUUCUCGCUUCAUAGGGCCUCCUACUACGAGAUCUCUGUGGAUGAUGGUCCUUGGGAAAAGCAGAAGAGUUCAGGGCUGAAUGUCUGCACAGGGACCGGAUCAAAAGCAUGGUCCUACAACAUAAAUAAAAUCGCACCCCAGUCUGUUGAAGAUGUUCUUAAGAUCGUUAAAAACCACCAGCACUUGGACUUCCAGCUAGACAGUGAUGUGAUUGAAAGGAUAACUAAUGAGUACAACAAUUCCUUAAUAUAUAGUCCAGAAGAGCCAAGGAUGUUUUUCAGUAUUAGAGAACCGAUUGCAAAUCGAGUAUUUUCAAGUAGCCGUCAGCGUGGUUUUACUUCCAAGGUCUGCGUGCGAUCUCGCUGCUGGGACGCGUGCAUGGUCGUGGAUGGCGGCACUUCCUUCGAGUUCAACGACGGUGCCAUUGUAUCCAUUAGUAUGGAUCCCGACGAUGCCCUCUGCACCGUGCAACUCAACGAGUGAAGAGUGCGUGCGGAGCGAACGCUCUGAGAAAAGAACUGCGUGACGUGAAUGGCGUGUUACCGCUGUGGGAAAUAACGUCUGCGCUGCCACAUAACGCUUUCAUUAACAAUCUCAGGACACUAAAAGCACUUAGAAAACAUGGAUGUUGAUCACUAAAACGACGUUCAUCCCUACAAAGCAGUCUCCGAAUCCUUUGCGAAUGCACAGCUGUUACUGGUUUUAGUUUUUUUUUUUCUUCUAAUAAAACGGCGACUGUCUGGAAAUCAAACGAGCUGCCGGCUGUCUCCACCUGGAAGAACUCCUAUGGGUUGUGUCGGUUUAAUGUUACAUGAUGUCAUAAUCUCAAACGAUUAGCGCAAUUCUACAAUUUUAUACUGUGAAAGAUGUGUUUUGCUUCUAAAACAAAAUAAAUCGAACGUUACAUUCAGAGACCUGUAGCCCAAGGCAGACUUCUGCAGGACCUGCUGUGAAUAGCAACCGCUGGACUGCUGUGUACAUUUUGUAAAAAGAAAA